AUAGCUUCUUGUCAAUAAAAGUGCAUAAUGCUAAAUCUUACAAUUUGAUUUACUUAAGUAAAAUGAAUAUCAACACAGAAAGAGAUAAUUUUGAAUUUGACUUAGACUACAGCAUUGUAAAAGAAGAAACAAUACUCCAAGAUAACAAAAUAGAAGUUUAUGAAGAAAACUGUCAACAGAAUGAGGAUCCCCAAGACAACCAAGAGACAAAGGAUAUUGUCCAAUUUGUAAUAACUGAAGUAAAUGAGAGAAAGUAUAAAUGCGAAAUUUGUGAUCAGGCUUAUGCCCAUAAAUCGACGCUAUCGUCUCAUAUGGUGACACAUUCUACUGAGAAAAAAUCAAAAUGUAAUCUCUGUCCAGCAGCAUUUGGGAGCAAUAAAAGACUAAGGAGGCAUAUUAGGGAAACACACUCUGAAAAAUCCUAUCCCUGCCCAAUCUGCACCAAGAGUUUUAAAGUACUUAAUUCCCUGAAACUGCAUAUCAUUAGGCACACAGGAGAACGUCGAUAUGAGUGUAACUUGUGUGGACAGAAAUUUCAAGAUAGGAGUCACAGGAAUCGACAUGUAGCAGUGGUUCAUAUGGGCAAGAGACGGAAAAAGCCCGAAAGGAAAUACAAAUGUGAUCAAUGUGAGAAGAGCUUUCCUUACAAAUGCGGAUUGGAGAGACAUACAUCAACUGUUCACAACAAUGUUAAGAAUAUUCCCUGUCCUGAGUGUCCGGAAAUGUUUAAACACAAAUCCUAUCUUCAAAAACAUAUGAGCUUCCAUAAACUGUGAGAUCUGUCACAUUAGAGAUCUAAACUAAGACAAUUUAAUAAAACGCAAUCCAAAAAUUCAUGGAAUUAGCAUGACAACAUUUUUACGGAUUAACUAUAAAAAUGAUACUAAAGGCAAAUCUUGGACUUUGGGUUUGAAAACUAUUGUGUGCACUGGCAUAUAGAUAAAUAGUUUACCAGUAAGGGUAUUCUGUACAGCAUGACAAAGUCAUAUGACAAAUUUAAAAAUUUUAAUAUGGAAAAUUAGGAAGAACUAAUCGAAAAUCGUAUUAAUAUCAGUUACUAAGAGCUUUAUAGCGAUCCUUGCAAUGGUCAUUCGAUGCUCACUAUGCUUCAAUGUUGUCCUGCUCCCAUACCAUGAAAAUUUGUCAUGACAUUGUCACAUUGUUACCGAAUACCACGUGAAUUAUUCUUCAAAAAAUCAUAUUCGUUGUCUGUUUCAUUAAUUUGCCCCUUUUUGAAUGAGUAAACACUUAAGCGUAUACUUCGGGAGAGAAAGUUUUAAAAGUAAUUAACAAGUAAAAGACCUCAAUGUGCUCUUUAUUUUUAGUCUGGGAGAGUUUUCAAGGCAUAUCAUUCGGUCUUCACAAUAAUAUUUAUAUUUCUCAAGUUUUUUGUAAAAAAAUAUUCUAGAAGUCUUGAUUAACAGAAAACAAAAGGAAAAUUGAUGUUACGUAGUUCGAUAGAAAAGUAAUCCCUUAAUAAGAUCAAAGGAUAUAAAGUUAUGGAAGAUUUUGAAAGUCUGAAUUGUAUUAAGUAUCUACCCUUUUGAGAAGUGUUUCAUUUUAUUCCAUACCUAUUCAACCGAACAAAUAUAUAAAACGUAUCUCUGCAUUAAAUUUCAUUUAUUAAUAAAAAAUGUAUUGCAAUUUAGUCAUAAAAAUAAUAAUCAUUGAAUAGACAGUGGCAGAGCUAUUAGAGAUUAUCUUAGAAUUUUGGAAGGAUUUCCAUUGGGGUUUCCCUAGGAAAUCCAGUAAGAAGAGCGCCUAUGACGCUCUUCAGUCACUGGGGAUAAAAUUCUGAUAGUCUGAGCGCAAAGACAACUCUAUCUUAUCAGAAUUUGGGAGGAUUCCUGGAGCAAGAAAAAAAGGGCAGAGUUUUUGCCUACUUACUUGUCCUUUCCACUACUGCAUCACUCUUGUGAGCUUCUAUGCAUAAGCCGUAGCUAGAUUCUGUGGAAAGACGCGACUGAUUUAUUUUCCACCAAAUCAAUUAAUUUAUAUUACAAUAUUUCAUAGUUCUAAAGAGGUAGGAGAAAGUACAAUUUGAUACACGCCUACUGCAAUUUGGGAGAAAUGUGACAAAAUAUAAUGAGAAAGCAAUUUUCUUCCCCUACUUUUCAAAUACACUGUACGUUUUUCCACAAUUGCCCUAUAUUCUUCCAAAUGUAAACAAUGAGAAGUUAGUAUGAUUUACAACUUUUAGAAAGGAAUAAUAAAAAGAAAAGGAUUAAAUAUAUUAUAAAAGUUAUUCAUGUUCACAGUCGUGAACACAUUAAAAAAAUAUAAAAUGAAAUCAUAUUUUUCAGUAAGCUUUGAGCCAAGAGAGAGACAAGUUCAUUAAAAUAUUUCAAUUCAAAUUAAAUAAGAUUAUAGUAAGGCCAUGUAACUCCGACGAUUGCAAAACUCGGACGCCGCGACCGAUUUAACUCCGAUACAUCCACUUAAAAUAUAAUUUAUAUUUUUAUUUCUGUAAUUAAUUACUGAAGUAUCAUAUUAUAACUAUUCUACUUUAAGAAAAACCAAAAAUUAUAUUUUUAUCGGUUUAAUAAGUGGGUAAGAGAAAUAUUUUUUAAGCUCGGGUCAGCUGGGUUGUGUACUAAAAAUUUAAUUUCUGAGAAAAUUUUGCUGUUGACAGCUCGUCGCUGGAAAAAGUUUAGUGUUUUUUCUAUAUAAUAAAACAUUAUUUGCAAUCAAAAUUAUUAAUAAAAGUUAGUGUAGUUAUUGAUCUACAAGGUGAGUAAGAGUUUAUUGAUAAUAUAAAUAAUUCAUACAGAAAUAAGUGAUUUUUGUGAAUGUUUACAUUUCGAUGUAUGUCGGAUGCGGUGAAAGUCAAUGUUUUGGUUCAGAAUUUGCAUUGUUCAGGACUCUUUUUCUGUUUCAGAUGCCAAAGGGAACAAAAGAAAAGACCUAUAAGGACAAGCCCGACUCUAAGGAAGGUAUUAGGAAUGCCUUGCAGUGUGUACGAGAUGGUUCUACCAUAGCAUAUGCAUCCAAAACAUUUAAUGUCCCAAGAACAACACUGCACAACAAAUUGACCGGCAAAUACCCAGAGGAGUGCCCCAAUGGCAGGCCAACAAUUCUUUCAAAAGAACAGGAAAAAGAACUUGUCAAAUGGAUCCUGGGAUGUGCGGAUGGCUGGCAUCCCAUCGGGAAGGAACAAGUUCUGGACAGCGUUAAACUCAUCUGUGAGGUCUACAAAAUUCCAAACCAUUUUACAGCUGGAAGACCCGGAGACGUUUAGUUCAGGAAUUUUCUUAAGCGUCAUCCAGAGCUCAGCAUGCGCAAGCCAAAAUCCUUCUCAUUGGAAAGAGCUACUGUUACUGCUGAAGACCUCACGGAAUGGUUUCAGAAUUGUCUUGGAUAUUUCACAGAACACAACCUUCUGAGCAUUUCACCAGACCGUGUUUUUAAUUGCGACGAAAGUGCCUUCUUUUUGACACCGGAAGAUGGAAAUGUCCUGUCCAGGAGAGGUUCACGUGUAGUUCCAUCUCUUAAAAAUUCAGGACCGAAGCAAUGUAUCACAGUACUCCUCAGGGUGUCAGCUACUGGCGAACUUGCUCCUCCAAUGGCUGUUCAUAAAACUGACAUUACUCCAAAAAUUGCCAUUCACAACGCAGAAGGAUGGAAAAUGGGAACGUCACCACAGAGUAGAGAUGUGCGCCAAGCCGAUUUUAGCCGCUCGGCGCGAGCCGCCGCGAUUUUUGCUUAGCCGCCGCCGCCAAAAAUUUUUAAUGCGCGCCGCGGCGAAUUUUGUUUAUAUUUCAAUUCAAUUAAGUAAUUUUUCUGACAAUAACCAUAAUAAACAAUUUUCAUUCUUAUGAAAAAAAAUGUAUAUAUAGUUAGGAUAGUUAGUAAUUAUACUAUCUAUUGUCAA